AUGAUGGUGCACUGUGCUGGCUGCGAGCGGCCCAUCCUCGACCGCUUUCUGCUGAACGUGCUGGACCGCGCGUGGCACAUCAAAUGCGUUCAGUGCUGCGAGUGUAAGACCAACCUCUCGGAGAAGUGCUUCUCGCGCGAGGGCAAGCUCUACUGCAAAAAUGACUUCUUCAGGCGCUUCGGCACUAAGUGUGCAGGCUGCGCGCAAGGCAUCUCGCCCAGUGACCUGGUGCGCAAGGCCCGCAGCAAAGUCUUCCACCUCAACUGCUUCACCUGCAUGGUCUGCAACAAGCAGCUGUCCACGGGCGAGGAGCUCUACGUCAUCGACGAGAACAAGUUCGUGUGCAAGGACGACUACCUGAGCUCGUCCAGCCUCAAGGAGGGUAGCCUCAACUCAGUGUCAUCCUGUACGGACCGCAGUUUGUCCCCGGACCUCCAGGACCCACUCCAGGACGAUCCCAAGGAGACGGACAACUCGACGUCGUCGGACAAGGAGACGGCCAACAACGAGAACGAGGAGCAGAACUCGGGCACGAAGCGGCGCGGCCCGCGCACCACCAUCAAAGCCAAGCAGCUGGAGACGCUCAAGGCCGCCUUCGCCGCCACGCCCAAGCCCACGCGCCACAUCCGCGAGCAGCUGGCGCAGGAGACCGGCCUCAACAUGCGCGUCAUCCAGGUGUGGUUCCAGAACCGACGGUCCAAAGAACGCCGGAUGAAACAGCUGAGCGCCCUGGGCGCCCGGAGACACGCCUUCUUCCGGAGUCCGAGGCGCAUGCGCCCGUUGGGCGGCCGCUUGGACGAGUCUGAGAUGUUGGGGUCCACUCCGUACACCUACUAUGGAGACUACCAGGGCGAUUACUACGCGCCGGGAGGCAACUACGACUUCUUCGCGCACGGCCCGCCGUCGCAGGCGCAGUCCCCGGCCGACUCGAGCUUCCUGGCCGCCUCGGGGCCCGGCUCGACGCCGCUGGGCGCGCUGGAGCCGCCGCUCGCCGGCCCGCACGCCGCCGACAACCCCAGGUUCACCGACAUGAUCUCGCACCCGGACACGCCGAGCCCCGAGCCGGGCCUGCCGGGCGCGCUGCACCCCAUGCCCGGCGAGGUGUUCAGCGGCGGCCCCAGCCCACCCUUCCCCAUGAGCGGCACCAGCGGCUACAGCGGACCCCUGUCGCACCCCAACCCCGAGCUCAACGAGGCCGCCGUGUGGUAA